AUGGAUGGAGAGGAGCAAUGCGUUAAUCUCUUUUUGUGUUUGAUCUUACCUGGGCGGGCGAGAGGGAGGCAGCAGUGGCAGUUUUAUAGCGGGCAGCAAAGACGCCAUAGCCAGCGGCUGGGCAGAGACUUCACACACUCUCUGUGUUGUACAGAGGAGGGAGGAGAGAGAGUGUGUGUGUCACUUUCCCAUUUUCUCUAUUUGUCGUCCGGGCGCCACGUCAGCGCCGGAUUUGUGCUACUCGCGGACCGCCAGAUCAUUUCUUUUUUCUCCUCUGUGUGUAGUAUCAGAGUGGCGCAGCGGAAGCGUAUUGGGCCCAUAACCCAAGGGUCGGAGGAUCGAAACCUCUCUCUGAUAAAUAUGCCAGUGAAGGACAAAGGCGGCUUGUACCUCUUUUUGGGAAUUUCUUCUUCUCCGGGUAGGGCAAAUGAUUUUUUCUCCACGGUAGCAACAGGAACGCGGAUUGGGAGCGAGGGAGCGGCGAAAUCUCCAACUCCAGCGCGGGAUUUUUCUCGGCCAUUUCGCGCAGGCAUGCCUCGGAGCCGGGCCGAUGGCGCUGGCGGCUCGUCGAUGGAGCUGCAUUUCUCGCAGGAUUUUGGAAUCGAGGUGGAGGACGAUGGGGAGGAGCUCGCCGGGAGGGAAUUGGCCGUUCCCGGCGGCAGGCACGAGCAUCUACUCAAGUCUGGAUUGCUGGGGCGCUGCGAUGAUCCAUUUUGCACGACCUGCCCUUCGUAUAUCGAUUAUUCGGCCGGCAGCCAGAUGAAAAAGAGUCGCAACCUUUUCAGCGAGGCUAAAUCGGUAGCGCUCGGGAUUGUCAAGUGGAGGCCAGCGAUUUAUAAUCCCCACACCAAAGUCAUCCAGAGAUGGAAUCAAGUGUUUGGAGUAUGCUGUCUCAUCGCCGUCUUUGUGGAUCCUUUGUUCUUCUUUAUAUUUUCCGCCAAGCAGGGAUACUUUUGCAUUGUCUUCAACCAGGAGUUAGCCAUUGGAGUGACUAUUGUGAGGAGCAUUUUUGAUGGAAUUUACUUUAUACACAUGCUUCUUCAGUUCAGAUUGGCGUACUUUGCGCUUGCUUCUCAAACAUCUGGAACUGGUGUUUUGAUUGACGAUCCCAAAACUAUUGCCUUGCAUUAUUUGCAAAGUUGGUUUAUAGUUGAUGUGGUUGCAGUGCUUCCACUACCCCAGGUGAUGCUGUGGACAGUGGUAAGAUCUCCCAGAAGAGGUGGUGAUGCAAAUUAUGUGAAGAAUCUCCUUCGUUUUGUCGUUCUGCUGCAAUACAUACCCAGGAUGGUCAGGUUUUUGCCGUUGCUGUUUGGUCGCUCUCAGAGUGGCGGCUACAUCUUUGAAACUGCUUGGGCCAACUUCACCAUCAAUCUGUUCAUCUACCUGCUUGCGGGUCAUGUGGUGGGAUCAUGCUGGUACUUGUUCGGUCUACAGCGUGUAAAUCAGUGCCUGAUAAACACUUGUCGAGCUGAAAGGCCAGUCUGCAGAAAAGAAUUUCUUGACUGUGGAAAUGGGCACAACAUUCAGGCACUGCAGCAAGGGGCCCGGCUGGUCUGGACUAAUUCCUCAAAUGCAUCGAGUAAAUGUCUGGUGAAUGCAUCUUUCGCUUAUGGCAUCUAUUCGAUCGCAGUUCCUGUCGCCAUGGACGACAGUGCAAUUCACAAAUACGUAUACUCGCUAUUUUGGGGAUUCUUGCAAAUUAGUACGCUCGCUGGGAACUUGCAGCCUAGCCUUUUUGUUGGUGAAGUGUUUUUCACUUUCGGUGUUAUUGGUCUGGGACUACUUUUGUUUGCACUUCUUAUUGGAAACAUGCAAAAUUUUCUCCAGUCCCUUGGACGCAGGCACCUUGAGAUGCAGCUACGACGACAUGAUGUUGAGAGAUGGAUGAGGCGACGGGAAUUACCUGUAGUUUUAAGAAAGCGCGUGAGACAGGCGGUGAGAUUGAAAUGGGCAUCGACCAGAGGUGUGAAUGAGGAGGAACUCUUGGAUCGUUUGCCCGAAGAUAUGCAAAAAGAAAUACGUCGCUUUUUGUGCUUCGAGCUCUUGACGAAGGUUCGGCUGUUUACUGUGAUGGAUGACAAAGUUCUCGAUGCAAUUUGUCAAAGACUUCACGAGAUGUUGUACAUUGAAGGCAGCGAAGUUUUUUUAGCAGAUGCUCCAAUACAUCGCAUGAUCUUUGUAGUACGUGGUACUCUAGAGAGCGUAUGGAAGAAUGGCAAUACACAUACGCUUGUGUCGGGCGACUUUUGUGGGGAGGAGCUACUACAUCUGUGCCUCAACGAAGCGUUAAACACCAGAGAAACAUCAAAUAGCGAGCACAGCAGAAGGGAUAGUUCAGCUCCAACAAGGGGUUUGGCUUUCUCUACGAGGACUGUUCGUUGCUCAAGUAGCGUGGAAGCAUUCAGCCUAGAGGAGAAGGAUUUGCGGUAUGUUGUAGCAAACUACAUAAGCUAUAUCCGCAAUCCCAGGGUCCUGAGUGCUCUCAAAAGCGAGUCCCACUACUUCAGAAGCAACGCAGCUAGACGGAUUCAGGCAGCCUGGAAAUCACAUAUUCGAAGACAGAGCCGAAAUCCGUUACGGUCAUAGUUGAGGCUUACAGGUU